AUGAAGUUGUUAGUGAACAUAAAAGUUAACGGUUCGUGUGCCACAAAAGUUUCUUUUAUAGAGUACACGGACAACCAGAGGGUGAUUAUCCACGUGCGAGACGUCAACGACGAACCACCCUACUUCAUCAACAGGCCUUUGCCCAUGCAGGCGGUAGUGCAACUCAAUGCUCCCCCGAACACGCCCGUUUUCACCCUACAGGCUCGUGACCCCGAUACGGACCAUAACAUUCACUACUUUAUUGUCAGGGACAGAACCGGUGGCAGGUUCGAGGUUGACGAACGAUCGGGAGUGGUCCGUACAAGAGGUACCGAUCUUUUCCAGCUAGAUAUGGAAUAUGUGCUGUACGUUAAAGCCGAAGACCAAAAUGGCCGUUUGGAUGAAAGAAGGUUCCAAAGUACUCCUGAAGAAAGACUGUCGAUUGUCGGAGGAAAGAGGGCGCCUCAGUUUUAUAUGCCAAGUUAUGAAGCUGAAAUACCAGAAAAUCAAAAGAAAGAUUCUGACAUAAUAUCAGUAAAAGCAAAAUCAUUCGCUGACCGAGAAAUACGCUACACUCUCAAAGCUCAAGGACAAGGCGCUGGAACUUUUAACAUUGGUCCCACCUCUGGCAUCGUGAAGUUAGCUAAAGAACUAGAUUUUGAAGAUUUGAGACAGCCACAUGUGUACUCAUUGGUAGUAACUGCUACUGAAGACUCGGGAGGAUUUUCUACAUCUGUUGAGCUGACCAUUCGAGUAACAGACGUAAACGACAAUGCCCCAAAAUUCGAACUACCCGAUUAUCAAGCCCACAACGUCGACGAAGAUCUUCCACCUGGAACAAGUAUCCUAAAAGUAAAAGCUAUGGAUUCAGACAGUGGCACCAACGCCGAAAUAGAGUACUUGGUUUCAGAUGACCACUUUAGUGUUGAUCCGACUGGUAUAAUCUCGAAUAACAAACAGCUAGACGCAGAUAACAACAACGCCUAUUACGAAUUUGUCGUCACCGCUAAAGAUAAAGGUGAGCCAGCAAAAACCGGAACAGCUACCGUUCGAGUUUACACAAAAAAUAAAAACGAUGAAGAGCCGAAAUUUUCACAGCAAGUGUAUACUCCGAACGUUGACGAGAACGCUGGACCGAAUACGUUAGUCACUACUGUAGUGGCUUCAGAUAAAGACGGUGAUAACGUUAGGUUUGGUUUUGUUGGUGGAGGCACAAGCUCAGGACAGUUCGUAAUUGAAGAAAUUACUGGCGUAAUCCGUCUUCACAAUAAAGCCAUUUCUUUGGAUAGGGAUAAAUAUGAACUGAACGUAACAGCCAUGGAUGACGGAGCUUGUUGUCCAAACGGAGAUACAACCAUUCAUACCAGUACAGCUGUCGUUGUUGUCUUCAUUACAGAUGUCAACGACAAUAAACCUAUCUUUAAAGAUUGCGGUACUUACUACCCCAAAGUAGAAGAAGGUGCACCAAACGGAUCUCCUGUCAUUAAAGUCCAUGCCACUGAUGAAGAUAAGGGUGUAAAUGGACAAGUUAAAUAUUCUAUAGUCCAGCAACCGAAUCAAAAGGGCACGAAAUUUACUGUUGAUGAAGAAACGGGUGAGGUAUCGACUAAUAAAGUUUUCGAUCGGGAGGGAGACGAUGGAAAGUUUGUUUCUGUGACUGUAAAGGCAACUGAUCAAGGGGAGCCAUCUUUAGAAGGCGUUUGUUCGUUCACAGUAGAAAUAACAGAUGUUAACGAUAAUCCGCCUCUGUUUGACAGACAAAAAUAUGUCGAAAACGUAAAACAAGACGCCAGUAUAGGUACCAACAUCCUCCGAGUCUCUGCCUCAGACGAAGACGCCGACAACAACGGCGCCAUAGUCUACACCUUAAAUGCUGGUUCCAACGCUGCCGACCUGGAGUAUUUCGAAAUUCAGCCGGAGUCAGGUUGGAUAGUGCUCAAGAAGCCCUUGGACGUAAGUACUAGGCAAAUCAUCGCGAAACGCGUUAGGACAGCUAAAAUGUAUGCAUGGGUGAGUGAGUGGGUUGGAUCAUUGACGUUUCAGGUUAUUCUGAGGAUGGAUCUCCAUGGAAAUUAG